UCUUCUGCGGAAAGUGAAGUUUACGCGUGCGCAGUGAGUGGAGAUUGACCUUCGUUGGUGUCACCAUGUUCGCGAGAGCCAGCGUUCUGGUUUUUCAGCCACAAUGUGGCCAAGUCAGGAACAUGGCUACACUGAAGGACAUCACCAUUCGCCUGAAGUCCAUCAAGAACAUCCAGAAGAUCACCAAAUCCAUGAAAAUGGUUGCUGCAGCAAAAUAUUCAAGGGCUGAGAGAUCUUUGAAACCUGCACGUGUUUAUGGAACUGGGGCCCUGGCUCUGUAUGAAAAGGCAGAGAUCAAGGCUCCAGAAGACAAGAAUAAGCACGUCAUUAUUGGCGUUUCUUCCGACCGUGGUCUGUGUGGUGCUAUUCACUCCAGCAUUGCGAAGGCCAUGAAGAAUGAAAUCGCCAGUCUGACCAGCGCCGGGAAGGAGGUCAUGGUGGUUAGUGUUGGGGACAAGCUGAGAGGUAUCCUUCAAAGGACCCAUGGAAAGCACUUCUUACUCAAUUGCAAGGAAGUAGGACGCAAACCUCCCACUUUUGGGGAUGCUGCCACCAUUGCCACCGAGCUGCUCGAUUCCGGAUUUGAAUUUGACCAAGGCUCCAUCAUUUUCAACCGAUUCAGGUCUGUUAUUUCGUACAGGACCGAGGAAAAGCCUUUGUUCUCCCUUGACACCGUUGCCAAUUCAGAAAACAUUGGUGUCUAUGAUGACAUUGAUGCAGAUGUUCUGCGAAACUACCAGGAGUUUGCUCUGACCAAUAUCAUUUACUUCAGCUUGAAGGAGUCAACCACCAGCGAGCAGAGUGCUAGGAUGACUGCUAUGGACAGUGCUAGCAAGAAUGCUUCCGAGAUGAUUGACAAGCUGACGCUUACUUUCAACCGCACCCGUCAAGCAGUCAUCACCAAGGAACUUAUUGAGAUCAUCUCUGGUGCUGCUGCUCUAUAAACAUGGAAGACCAGCUAUUAUCAAGUUUCAGUAAGGUUCUGGUGCCCACGCUGAGAAUCAUCAGUUCUGUCAAGUAUUCGUGAAACUAUCCUCUGUUUGUAAAAUAUCUUCGAAUAAACAUCUUACACAGAAUUGUAA